AUGGCAGCCCUUGCAGCGCACAGAGCCUUCCUCGGGGACGUUCUGGCGCGCCAGGCAGAGCGCCGGAAGCUGGUGGACAAAGCGCACGUCUUCCCCGUCGCACCUAGAAUCUCGGAAGCCGGUCCCUCGCGACCUCGGGCACCUGUCGCGAGCAACUCCAAGCUGAACGUGGCCAACUACGUUGUAGCAGAGGAGACAGUGCGGAAUGACUACUGCGAAUGGUAUGGGGUGAGCGGAGAGUGGGGAAGCAAUUACGUUCUCGGGGUGGGACGAGAGGAAAUAUGCGAAGAAUACCCGGCCCUCAAGCGUCUUAUGGACCUCAAAGCCGACCUCAUGAACAAUGCGUCUCAUCCGCCGCUAUAUCUGCCCCUCCUCGAUCCGGACCCCGGUCCGCCGCGCCCCACACCUACAUCCAUCCAAGCAGCCGUAUCUACCAACCGUUUCGACGCUAUCCUCAUCACUCCCCCACAACCGCUCGACUGGUCGUACAUUGCUUCUCUGCCUCUGCGCAAUAUAUCAGCCGAUCCAGGCUUCGUCUUUCUUUGGGUCGGCCACGCAUCCGGAGACGGACUGGAAAGGGGAAGGGAGUGUUUCGCCAAGUGGGGUUUCAGGCGGGCGGAGGAUAUCGUCUGGGUCAAGACGAACAAGAAUGGAGCGAAGAGGGAGGAGGGGCGAGACGAGGGCGGACUGUUUGCUGGGCAGAAGGAACACUGCUUGAUGGGGAUCAGAGGGACUGUGCGACGCUCCACGGACAGUCGUUUCGUGCACUGCAAUGUCGAUACGGACGUCAUGGUCUGGGAGGAUGAAGAAGAUGGUAUCGAGACUAGAUAUCCGCCAUACCUGCAAACUCUCAUUGAGAACUUCUGCCUCGGUACGCGUCGACUCCAUCUCUUCGGCAGCCCAUCGACGGUGCGGCGGGGCUGGGUCACGGCGGGCUGCGAGAACCUUGAGCCUGAUGCGGACGAGUCUGCGCCAUCCCUCUUCGACCCAGAUCUAUAUCCGAGCCAAGUCUUCCAGUGUGAUGACGGCCGAUACACUCUCCCCUUCCAUCCCGAUAUCGACAACCUCCGCCCAAAAUCCCCCGUUCGCAAAUCUCGCCAACUGCCCCCAAACUCCGCGUCUCCCGCCUUGGGCCAUAUGGCAAGCCAGCAGAUCGGAUACCGCGGGAACGGCCAAUCUCCCAUCCCAUACGGAAUGAGCCCGGGCAUCAGCCCAGCGUUGGGUAUGAACAUGGGGAAUGCAGGAAUGGGCUGGGGGAUGGGCAAC